GAAGUAGCAUAGAUUUCCCAAGCCAAAUACUAAACACAAGGCAGCGCUGUGAGGCAGUGAAUAGAAAGAGCAGCUCCCUGACUAAUCCCCCUCAGUCCCUUCUAACGUGGCACAGAAAGUGCAGGACACACGAUCCCUGUUGUUGUGCCGCAGGAGGGGUUUAGAGAAAGCCUGGAGUUCGGAAUGGCAGUGCUAUGGGGAACUUUGAGCCGUAAGAGCCGGCCUUGGGCUUCCUAGUGCCGGGAUUUGGCUGCAGCCGAGGAACGAUCCUGGAGAAGUUGCGGAGAGAGAAGGGAAGAUACCGGGACGGACAGAGGUUAAGGGAAAGGUGAUACCCUCCAAGCAAAGAGUAUGAAGUUGAAUGAGAGGAGUAUGGCUCAUUAUGCAACCUCUGGCUCCCCAGCAGAUUGCACUGGAUAUCUGUACAAAAGAGGAGUAAAGCACACAGCCUACCAGAAACGUUGGUUUGUUCUAAAGGGCAACCUCUUGUUUUAUUUUGAGGAGCAGGGCAAUAGGGAGCCUGUUGGUGUGGUGGUACUUGAGGGAUGCACCAUAGAACUAUGCCAUUCUAAUGAAGAACAUGCCUUUUGUGUCAGAUUCGAUGGUCCUGGGUCUCGAUCUUACAUAUUGGCAGCAGAAAGUCAAGAAGAGAUGGAGUGCUGGGUGAAGGCAUUGUCCAGAGCUAGCUUUGAUUAUAUGAGGCUGGUCGUGAGGGAACUUGAGAAGCAACUAGAGCUUAUGCAGAAGACCAGCAUCCGAAGGAAACCUGCACGUCACAGGGGUAGAUCCCGAGCUGUUUCCAGGACGAAGUGGGAGAAUUCCCGACCUUCUGAGUUGUCCAAUGGUUUCCUCCAUCCUGAAGACUCAAACUUGGAGACUGUUUCCAGAGUCAGUGGCAAUGCCAUACCUCCACCUUUACCUCCACCUUUGCCCCCUCGUAGACGUGGUGCAGUCUGGGUUAAUGGAGCUUCUUCAGCCUCUAUGCCAGUGUCUUUAGAAAGCCCAGUAUGUCCUGGUACAUUUUGUUUUUCAAAGUUGCAUGAAUGGUAUGGGAAGGAAGUCGAGGAACUUCGAAAAGCUUGGCAAAAAGAGCAAAGGAGUGAGAGUAACUAACUCAAAUGCAUUUCUAAAGUUCCAAAAACUUGUGAUCUUAUAGUGUGUAACAGAAAAGGACAGUGCAUGUGUUUACUCGGUGAAGUUAUAGGGUAAAACUUUUGAUGAAACAUAACAAAAGAUACUUUUUUUGGGUAACUACAAUGAUAAUUACAGCAUGCUUUUGAAACAUUUCAGUCCCAUCGUCAAAGCUGAUUACAUAGAAGCAUAAUUUGAACUGCAAACUGACACAGUCAUAUGAAGAGGUGAGCUAUGCAGAGGGGGACAUGGUAUAAAUUAAUGAGGAUCAAAGUGACCAGGCAAGAAUUAGACCAAAGGUGUGAAAUGGGUAGAUUACAUCUACUAUGGUAUUUUUUUGUAUAUUUGUGAGGGCCCCUUAGCUUAGCUUCUCAACAGCUGCUCAAAGCACACAGAGCGUGUGUGUCAAAGACACUCCUAACAGGGAAACUUGUGUAACAACUUUGAAGGUCUGCAUCAUUACUACUAAUGCUUUAUGUUUAGACUGCUUCAAUAUGUUCAAUAUAUAAAAUGACAUUUCUAGCCAUAUUAAUUUUAGGGGCAGAUUUACUAAAGGGUGAAUUGUCGCCAGCGACCAUUUCGGACCCGUUGCUACACUUUGCCAGGUGCAAAUGCACUCAGACUACGCUAAUUCACUAAAAUGCAGAGUUUCGUUGUAGGCAGCGAACAUUGGCGACUUUUUACUAGCCUUACUUUGGCAAUGUGAGCACUUGAUAGUGAAGAUGCGCUAGCGUUCAUUUUAAAAACACAUGUCCAGGGAACCUUAAAGGGAUCCUGUCAUCAUGACACAUCAGUUAAUAGUGCUACUCCAGCAGAAUUCUGCACUGAAAUCCAUUUCUCAAAAGAGCAAACAGAUUUUUUUUUAUAUUCAAUUUUGAAAUCUGACAUGGGGCUAGACAUUUUGUCAAUUUCCCAGCUGCCCCAAGUCAUGUGACUUGUGCCUGCACUUUAGGAGAGAAAUGCUUUCUGGCAGCCUGCUGUUUUUCUUUCUCAAUGUAACUGAAUGUGUCUCAGUGAGACAUGGGUUUUUACUAUUGAGUGUUGUUCUUAUAUCUACCAGGCAGCUGUUAUCUUGUGUUAGGGAGCUGCCCAUUGUUCUUUUGUUUGGCUGCUGGAGGGGAAAGGGAGGGAGGUGAUAUCACUCCAACUAGCAGAACAGCAGUAAAGAGUGAUUGAAGUUUAUCAGAGCACAAGUCACGUGACUUGGGGCAGCUGGAAAAUUGACAAAAUAUCUAGCCCCAUGUCAGAUUUCAAAAUUGAAUAUAAAAAAAUCAGUUUGCUCUUUUGAGAAAUGGAUUUCAGUGCAGAAUUCUGCUGGAGCAGCACUAUUACCUGAUUCAUUUUGAAAACAUUUUUUUUUUCCCCAUGACAGUAUCCCUUUAAUAAAGACAAUAGACUUAUUCUAAUGCCCUACACACGUGCCCACUGUAAAAUUAAUGUUCCAUAUGUGUGUAUGGGGAAAACUGGUUACCCAAAAAAAGUUCAAGUUAGGUCUUUUGCAGGCAAUCAGGCUGAAAAAAGGAAAAGACGCCAGUGUUUUUUGGAUUUUGAUGCAUUUUAGGCUCACAGAAUAUAAUGUAAGUGAGGAAGGUCUAGCUACUUUUAAUGCACUUCGCCCGGUCUGAUGUGUCGAAGGUAACGUUCAGUAAAAUCCGCAUUUUAGUGAAUUUGCAGAGUAGCGUCCGUUCACUAGAGCGAAAAGUCGAGAAACUAAAAUGAGUUCCUUGAGGUUCAUGUACCAUAAUUCAAAAGGUACUGCUACCUUUGUCUACUUUUGCUAUCUGCAAAAGUUAGGGGUGCAACACCACACCCCCUUGGGACUAGGAAUGUGACAAAGAAGGGUGUAUUGAUGAAAGCCAAAAUUAAUAACUAAAUAUUUGACAGCUGUCGUCCAGAUCCAGCUACCUCAUUUAUUUACUGAAUAAAUAAAAGAAUGGGGACUGAUAUGAGGCCAUAUCUAUAAGGCAAACUUUAGCUCUCCAGAUGAUAGUGUACCCCCACCUGCUGAAAUGGAAUGCCUGGAAUGCAAAUCUUACCAAUUAUCCUAACAUUUCAGAGGAAAUUAAAAUUGCAGAUAUUACUGAUUCAUCAGAAAUCUAAUAAAAUUUCUAGCUUUGUCAAAAGAAGGCAAAUUCAUCUGUAAGGUGUAGUUUUAUACCAAUUUAAUACAAAUAUAACUUAUUCCGAAAUUAGGGGAAAUCUGUAAACACAGCAGCCAAGUACACAGGUACAGGGGAUGAGACAGAUUGUGUGUGUCUUGGAAGGGGGCCUGUGCAGGUAGGUUGUUAAAAAAAAAAAAAAAA